CAAAUUGCUCUACUAGGUGCUCUAGGCAAAGCAGCAGUCUCUAUAUCGGAUGGCGAUUUAUGUUAUGCGAUGAUUCAUGGAUCUCAGCCACAAUGGACUCUUAUGCCAAUCCAUGGAAUGUUUUCUUGUGUCAUUCCAACAUAUUAUGUUCAUGGUUCUAACACUAGCGGUGCUCGUUACGCGUUUCCAAGUUCGUUGGGUCAAACCUCUAAAACUAACAAAUAUAAACGUAUCUUAAAAGAGAUACAAAUUCAUAUGCGAUUAAGAACUUCUGGAGAUAAGAAUGAAAUUCGGCAGAGUUAUCUCCCUGCAUUAUUCACUGCACUCUCUCAACCACUAAUCGAUAAAGGAGCGGAUGGAAUUAUUGAAGUAAUUGAACUGAUGGACCAAUAUUAUCUUAACAAGGAAGACUGGGAUGCAAUUAUGGAAUUAAGCAUCGGAGGUGAUAAAAUAUUAAAAGAGAUCGACAAACCCGUUAAGGCUGCUUUUACAAGAAAAUAUAAUUCGUCAUCACAUCCUGUGCCGUUCCUCAAAGCUUCAUCAGUUAAAUCAUCAAAGGCUGCUGGUAGUGUUGCUGCAGUUCCUGAUUUUGAAGAUGCAAUUGAAAUCGAACAAGUUGUCAAAGAUGAAGAUGAAUUUAGCGACGAUGAUGAUUUAUCAAAAGAUAAAUUUAUCAAACAAAAUGGUGGACGCAAGGCUGUUAGAAAGCUAAAGUGA